GUUAUGGUUUUGAGAGGAGAGAUGAGAGAGAGAGUUAGCGAAAGAGUGAGUUGGGAUCUCGGCGGACAUCGUUCACGCGUAAGACAGCCGGCACUGAACUGGGAGCAAGAUGGAUCUUGCCACAGCAACUACCAGAGGAACAGGGGUCAGGUGGCAGUGGGGAAAAUGCAGUUUAAUCAGAACCAUGGUCGGAAAAUGCAGAAGGACGGGCCAUACAAUUGGGGUCUUUAUAAACAAGCUACUUCAUAUUUCUUCACAAAUUAUCCGGAUGAUUGGAGCUAUGAUGAGAUGUGGAGAACGUUUCUCAGGUAUGGUAGGGUCUAUGACAUCUAUGCAUCAAACAGAAAAAGCAAGAAUGGGAGCAGAUUCGGCUUCGUGAGAUUUCUGGGUGUGAAAGAUAAGAAGGAAUUGGAAAGUAAGCUGGAUCAGAUUUGGGUAGGAGGAUGGAAGCUAUGGGUGAAUAGACCAAGGUAUGAUGAGCAGCAGAAGGAAGGAGGUGUGAAAAAAAGCUUUAGAGGAGCGAUGACAGUAACUCAAAACAGAAGCUUCGCGGAGGUCGUGAAAGGAACACAAGGAAACAAUACUGAAGAGGAACAGAACAAAUAGAGUGGGGCUGGCAGAAGUAGUCACCGAGGAGUAGACAUUGAAGAUAAAAACUGCACAAGGCAAGAUGAGCAGGAGAAAUUCAGAAGAAAUAGCAAACAGGGUU